AUGUCCUUUCACGAGCGAAAAAAUAAAAAGCGCAAGACGGCCCACAAUGGCCACCAGGAUAGAACUUCAUUCAAGCCCUCCGCCAGCUUCACUCCCACCCCAGGCGGCAGAGAUUGGACGAUAUCCGUCGCCAUCCCGACCAGCAUCCUGACCAACCUGGCGACCGCAGACCAACGCAUGUCCAUCCCAGGACGAAUCGCCCGCGCCCUCGCCGUCUUCUCCGUCGAUGAAGUCGUGGUAUUCGACGACUCACCAGCCUCCCCCCGUCCGCGACAGACAGACACGGCCGGGUACACGGGCGACACCGACCCAGCCCACUUCCUCACACACGUCCUCUCGUUCCUCGAAGCGCCGCCGUUCAUGCGCAAGGCCCUCUUCCCACUACACCCGAACCUCCGCCUGACCGCGCUCCUCCCCAGCCUCGACAUGCCUCACCACCCCAACCCCAAAGAAUGGAUCUCCUACCGCGAGGGCGUCACCAUACCCGGAAAAACCAGCACAGGGAGCGGCACCCUCGUGGAGGUUGGGCUCGACGAGCCCGUCGAAAUCGAAGAAGACAUCCCGCCCAAGACGCGGCUCACGCUCCUCUUCCCCGACGACCAAUCCAAGCACCCCCAGUGCGUGAAUCCCCAAGUCCCCCGGACAGAAGGCGGCUACUACUGGGGGUACACUGUUCGCAAAUGCCCUUCUCUCAGCUCAGUCUUCACCGAGAGCCCGUACGAGGGCGGCUACGACUUGAGCAUUGGCACUUCGGAGCGCGGAAUUCCCGUCUCCAAGGCCCUCUCGUCCUCGAAACCCCUUCAUUUCAAGCACCUGCUCGUUGUGUUUGGCGGACCGCGCGGGCUGGAGUUUGCGUCCAUGAACGACGAGGAGCUGGCAAAGAUGGACGCCCAGGGCGCCAGGACAAAGGAGCUGUUUGACCAGUGGGUGAAUGUGCUGCCGGGGCAGGGCAGCCGGACGAUUCGGACGGAGGAGGCGCUGUUCAUUGCGCUGACUGCGCUGAGGGGACUGUGGGAAGACAAGUAG